CCUUCUGCCUCCCGUCCUACUGAGCUGCUCUUCCGUCAGGGGGGGACCUCGCCAGGCUCUCCAAACCCUUGGAGCCCGCAGAAACGCUCCGUGCCCCGAGCUGUCACCAGCGCCGCCUCCCAGGCCCCGGACGCGAUGCAGGCCAUCAAGUGCGUGGUGGUGGGAGAUGGAGCCGUGGGCAAGACCUGCCUUCUUAUCAGCUAUACCACCAACGCCUUCCCUGGAGAGUACAUCCCCACCGUGUUCGACAACUAUUCAGCCAAUGUGAUGGUGGACAGCAAGCCCGUGAACCUGGGGCUGUGGGACACCGCGGGGCAGGAGGACUAUGACCGCCUCCGGCCGCUCUCCUACCCACAGACGGACGUCUUUCUCAUCUGCUUCUCCCUUGUGAGCCCUGCCUCCUACGAGAAUGUCCGUGCCAAGUGGUUCCCUGAGGUGCGGCACCACUGCCCCAGCACGCCCAUCAUCCUGGUGGGCACCAAGCUGGAUCUGCGGGACGACAAGGACACCAUCGAGAGGCUGAAGGAGAAGAAGCUGGCGCCUAUUACCUACCCGCAGGGCCUGGCACUGGCCAAGGAGAUCGACUCGGUCAAAUACCUGGAGUGCUCAGCCCUCACCCAGCGAGGCCUGAAAACCGUCUUCGAUGAGGCGAUCCGGGCCGUCCUGUGUCCCCAGCCCACGCGGCCACAGAAGCGCCCCUGCAGCAUCCUUUAGGGUGCGGGGUCCAGUGCUGCACAUGAGCUCCUGCCCUCGGGGGCUGACACUCUGGAGAAGCUGCAAGGAAGCUACAAGGCAGGAAUAAAAAAAGAGAGGUCUAAGACCCCGUCCCCCACGGCACAGAAGUCCCCCCGGUUGCCAGCCCGCGAAAUGCUUUGGGUUUCUGUUCUCUGCGAUUCUCUGCUCACCGCCCCCGCCCCCCCCCCCAGCUGCCCCCAUAAGUCCUGAUGUUGGGAGAGGCAGGGCCCUCCACCUCACCGGCCUCCCAGGAACCCCCACCCCCUUGAAAGGAACUGGGUUUAGCGGGGGAAACCCCAUGGCGCCUCUCAGCCUCCGCUCAGACAAGGCCUUUCUGUUUUUAAGGUGACUUCACCACGGAAACAAACCACCCCCCUGAAAACCCCACGCCUGCUCUCGCUAGCAUGUGGCGAACACAGACCCAUCACCCCCCAUAAUCGGACACGCUGGUUGUUUAGAAGCCCUGGGGCGCCCCCUCCAGUCGUCCAGAGUCUGAAGCGAACCUCAUUCGCUCCCUGCUUUUCCGGGGCCUCCAGAUAAAUCUGGGACCCCUUCCCUUGACUCCCGAGGCCUGGCCACACCCCGCCUCCAGCCUCAGACCGAACUCUCAUUUCCUCAAAGACCUCUCUUUCGUCUUAGCCUUUGGCACACCCUGGUGUGGUCCUCUUUCCUCGAAGAAUUUCCUCUGCGCCUCUAACUUCCCUAGAUGCCAAGGGCGCGCGGGGGGGGGGGGGGUGGUCUCUGCCACGUGCCUCUUCCCCCGAGCCUGCCCCAGUGGGCACAGCCCUUGCUUUAUGCCAACAGCAACGCCAGGAAAUAAAUUCUCUCACCACCGUGCGUUCUCACCUA